AUGGCACAACUCCCCCUCAUAGCAGUCGUCGGUGCUACAGGCACUGGGAAGUCGAAGCUUGCAGUGGACUUGGCAUCUCGCUUCAACGGUGAAAUUAUUAAUGGCGAUGCAAUGCAAAUGUAUCGCGGCCUCCCCAUCAUAACGAACCAAAUACCCGUCGAAGAACAAAAUGGCAUCCCGCACCAUUUAAUUAGCUGUGUUGAUUUGGAGCAAGAGGCCUGGCGUAUUGGAAGAUUCAAGAGGGAAAGUCUUCGACUCAUCAAGGAUAUACGCUCUCGAGGGAAACUCCCUGUUCUCGUCGGAGGAACACACUACUAUACCCAGGCAGUCCUCUUCAAGGAGCAGUUAGUGGGCGAGGGUGCAGAUACUGGCGAAUCUGAGGAUGGAUUCUCUAGCGAUGAAAUCGAGUCUACGUCUACAAAAUGGCCAAUCCUCGACGCACCGACAGAGGUGGUCUUGGAGAAACUGAAAGAGGUCGAUCCAGUUAUGGCUGCUCGAUGGCACCCGAACGAGACGCGCAAGAUUAGACGUUCCUUGGAGAUAUACUUUCAAACCGGCACACCAGCCUCCGAGAUAUAUAAAGAACAAAAGCGUCUCAAGCAAGCGGCCGCAACUACUGAUGACGCUAAUCAGCUACGUUUCGAUACUAUCAUUUUCUGGGUUCACUCAGAGAAAGAAGUCUUAAAUUCUCGACUCGAGAAACGGGUGGAUACCAUGCUCGAGCAAGGUUUAAUGUCUGAGGCGAAGAAGAUGUCGGAAUAUCUCCGGGAGAAGCAGUCCCAAGGCGUCAUUGUCGAUCAAACUAGAGGAGUCUGGGUCUCCAUUGGGUUCAAAGAGCUAGCACCUUACUUUGAAGCGUUAUAUGCAGGCUCAUCCAAUGAGGAGGAACUUGAAGCUCUCAAGCGAACUGGCAUCGAGUCUGUAAAAACCGCGACGCGCCAGUAUGCUGUCUCGCAAAUCAAAUGGAUUCGGAACAAGCUAUGGAGGGCCCUUUCAGAGACUAAUAUGACAAACCGUCUCUACCUACUUGAUAGCACUAAAGUUGAAGACUGGGUGGAAUCUAUCACUGAACCAUCUGAACGCCUCGUUCAUUCAUUGCUCAACAAGGAGGCUAUGCCUGACCCAAAGUCACUGUCAGGGCUUGCGAGAACAACUCUUGGUGCCAAGGAAGCACAGUCACAAAAUAAUACCAAUAACAUAGCGAAGUGUAUCACCUGUGAUGUAUGCCGCAAAACAAUGACAAAUGAAGAGCAGUGGAAUGUCCAUAUGAAUGGAUAUGCCCAUAAGCGUGCUCUCAAAGCGGCUGCGAGAAAGCUGGAGCGCCAAGAAUUUCUUCGAAAACGAGAGGCUUUAAAAAAUACCCAGGAAGUUGCCACUGAAUAA